CACUUCUUCUUCACUGCAAUUUGCCAUUUCCCUGAGUUUGUGAUCGCACUUCACAGAUCAGGGAAAUCAAGAACUCAAUCAACAAAAUCCCACCAUCAAAAACCCUCCCGAAACCUCCAACACUCGUCUUCGAGCUCCAAAAUGCCAUCGUCUCCCAAGGCAUUCUACCCGCGGCCAUCUUCCAACACCCGCAGAUCGACGCUCAUCAUCAUUCUCUGUCUGCUUCUCGGCCUCUCCACCGUUUUCGGAAUUUACGGGAUAAUGCAAUCGGUCCGGAGCAGUGGAUGCGGCGAUGUUAAGCCACUGUCAGUCUCUGUGGCGUGGGAUAAAUCUUCCUCCGCCAAUAGCUCCCCGCCUCAAAAGCGUCACAAGGUGAUGGGAUUCGUCGGCGUUCAAACCGGAUUCGGAUCGGCGGGCCGGCGCCGGGCUCUGCGCCAGACCUGGUUCCCCUCUAAUCACCAGGGGCUUCGACGGUUAGAAGAAAGCACCGGUUUGGUUUUCAGAUUUAUUAUUGGUAGAACCAAUGAUAGAGGGAGGAUGUCAGCUCUUAAGGAGGAGGUGACCAAGUAUGAUGAUUUCUUGUUGAUAGAUAUUGAAGAGGAGUACAGUAAGCUCCCGUACAAAACUUUGGCUUUCUUCAAAGCUGCUUAUGCUCUUUAUGACUCUGAUUUUUAUGUCAAGGCUGAUGAUGACAUAUAUUUACGACCAGAUCGUCUUUCAUUGCUCCUAGCUAAAGAGCGGUCUCAUUCACAAACAUACCUCGGUUGCAUGAAGAAGGGUCCUGUGUUUACUGAUCCAAAGUUAAAAUGGUAUGAACCUCUCGGACAUUUGCUUGGGCGGGAGUACUUUCUUCACGCGUAUGGUCCAAUUUAUGCCCUUUCUGCCGAUGUUGUUGCAAGCUUGGUUGCAUUAAGAAAUGACAGUUUCCGAAUGUUUAGCAAUGAGGAUGUGACCAUUGGUUCGUGGAUGCUUGCAAUGAAUGUCAAUCAUGAGGACAGUAAGCUACUAUGCCAGGCGGAGUGCACUGCCUCAUCUAUUGCGGUAUGGGACAUUCCCAAAUGUUCAGGGCUGUGCAACCCUGAGAAGAGGAUGUUGGAACUCCACAAGCUAGAGACUUGUUCAAAGAGUGCAACUAUCCCAUCCGAUGAAGACGAAGAGUGAUGGAUGCUCCCACAUCCAAAGAGCUGUACCAAUAUAGCUUUUGGGCCGUUGAUGAAAGACGACACAGGAUUUUUAGUUUGUUAGAAGAUGUAGGUGGUGGUGGCCAGAGCUUACAAUUCUUGUACCAUACUUCACUCUUUCUAUGAAAUACUACACAUUUUCUUAUAAAAAAUCAUCACUUUUUUCGAUU